AGCGGUUAAUGAUUCUUCCCGAACAUUUUGGUGGACAUGGAGCUUUACUUCAAUUUUUUCUUUAUUCAAUUUUUUUCUUUACUCAAUACAUCUUGUGCAUAAAUAACUUUCGGAGCAAUAAUAUAAAUUUGAACAAAAUGUAUCAAAUAUCAAAAUUAUCAGUUUUACGUGCUUUCACUCAAACAAUACGUCAUUCUGCCAGCAAAGGUGGAUCCUCUAAAGAUGGAAAAGGUGAUUCAAAGUGUGCGCCGUCUAAUAAAAGUGGAUCUUCCGGCCCCUCCAAAGAUGGAAAAGGUGAUUCAAAGAGUUCGCCCGUUAUCAAAGGAGGAUCCCCCGCUGGAAAGAGUGGGUCAAAGUGUGCGCCGCCUAGCAAAGUUGCGGCCUCAGCCUCCGCUAAGGAUGGAAAAGGUGAGUCAAAAUGUGCACCUAUAGAAAAAUUAGAUCUAUGUGAAUCUAAAAAAGGAGGAAAAGAUGCAAAAGCAAGUCGAUGUGGCGGUGUACCAACAACUGACAAGAAACCCGAAAUUUUGGGCGGCGCUGUAAGGGAAUCCAGUUGCAAGCCAAAGAAAAAGCCCCCAACAAAAGGCACCAGCACGGCGGGAACAUUGCGAAAAAUUUGUUUAUUCGCUGUUUUACCAGCUGUCGUAUUGCUGAAUACAUUGAUACUUACAACGCGAACCCAUCCGGAACGUCCAGAAUUCAAAAAGUGGCCACAUCUAUAUAAGCGUGACAAACCCUUCUGCUGGGGUGAUGGAAUCAAAUCGUUCUUUCACAAUCCACAUACCAAUGCAUUGCCUGAUACCGGCUAUGAAGACGAGUAAGAGCGAGUGUGUCUUUAUUUUUAGAAUAUGUACAAUAUAUUUCAUCAAAAUGUCAAGUAAAUGUACAAAAUAAAUUAACAUUUUUUUAUAUCCGGUAUAUAAUCGCAAUUGAUA